CUCACCCUAUUUCUUAGGGCGUGGACACAACCUGUGUUUCUCGGACUGAAGGACAUGAUGAAAAGCAUAGUGAAUAGUAGACAUUUGAACUGUUGUGUGUGGAAUGGGUUUUAAGUAGUUUUAACAUGACCGUGGACAGUGCGGACGCAGAAACAGACUUUGCAGGAUCAAUGAAGAAUCUGACGAAAAUGCAGGAGGUUGAGGUGGUGUACACAUGGGAGAUGGACUUCAACCGGAGCGUGCUCAGCGCGUCGACGCUGCUGGUGCCGCGCGCGACGGCGGCGCCCGCGCCGGCGCCCGGCAUGCCCGCGUGGGCGCACCACUCGUGGGUCUCCGUGUUCGCCGCCAUGCUCGCUGUCGCUAUUGGCGGGAACGCUAUCGUCAUCUGGAUUGUUAUAGCUCACCGCAGAAUGCGCACGGUGACCAAUUACUUCCUGGUGAACCUGUCCUUCGCCGACCUCAUGAUGGCGUCCCUCAACUGCCUCUUCAACUUCAUAUACAUGCUGCACAGCGACUGGGUGUUUGGAGUGAGGUACUGCCAGCUGAGCAACUUCAUCGCCAAUGUGACUGUUGCGGCCAGUGUGUUCACGCUUACUGGCAUAUCUUUUGACAGGUACCAGGCGAUAGUGCGGCCGAUGAGGCCGCGGAUGUCCAAAACCUGCUCGCUCAUCACGAUAGCUGUCAUCUGGGUGAGCGGCAUGCUGCUUGCCGUGCCGUGUCUGCUCUACUCGACUACAAAGGAAUACAGGUCUAAAGGGACACUUAAGACGGCGUGCUUGCUCGCUUGGCCAGACGGACUACCAGACGUAUCAUACAUGGACUUUGUGUACCAAGUGUUGUUCUUCGUAGUGACGUACGCUGUCCCGAUGCUGGGGAUGACGUUUUUCUACUCGGCCAUGGGCCGCGUGCUGUGGGGCUCGCGGUCGAUAGGCGAGCUGACGCAGCGGCAGAUAGACUCCAUCCGGUCGAAGCGGAAGGUUGUGAAAAUGUUCAUAUUAGUGAUAGUAAUCUUCGGGAUCUGCUGGUUACCGUACCAGUCCUACUUCAUCUACACACACUUCAAUCCGUCGAUCCUGUACAAGAAGUACGUGCAGCACGUCUACUUGGGCUUCUACUGGUUAGCCAUGGCCAAUGCUAUGGUCAACCCGAUCAUCUACUAUUGGAUGAACGCGAAGUUCAGGACAUACUUCCGCACGGCCAUGUGCGGGUGGCGCGACGCGCUGCGCCGGCGCAAGCGGCCGCUGCCCGACUCCCCGCCGGACUACCUCUCACAGUCGGGCAGCCGAUCCCGCUCAGGUUUUUACUCGUUAACGUAUAGAGGAACUGCGCGACUCAAGAAGAAAUGUAGCGAGCGAAUGGCCGCUAUUGUCGUGUCGGGAUCGACCAGGCCUGCGAUCGCAGAGACCGCCUUCGCUUGCUAGCUGUCCCCGUUGCCCGCAUUCUUACUAUGAUGCUUACAUUCAUGGACGCAAAGUGUAAAAUAAAAAAAGUGGUCAUCAGGGAUUGAUAUUAGAGGUAUAGGAAUUACUUUAUUCCUUGUAAUUUGUAAAUUUUGUGUAAAUUAUGUAAAUGACUAAACUAUG